AUGCGUACGAUUACGGAAGAAGCUGCAAGCGUUUGGGCUAAACCAUCAGCCAAAAUCACAGAACUUAUCGAGCAAUUCAAGCAUGAGGCGGCGUUGUAUGCAGAAAAGGCGCGUCAAUAUUUCUUUGGCGACAGAGCGAGCUGUGGGAUUGCUUUCGAUAUCGAUAAAUUCCAAAGUGAACAAAUUUCGAAGCUUGCGACAAUUUACAGCAAAAUGCAUCCUGAAUCCACGUACUCUCAUGUUCACGAGCAUUGGUAUCUUCCUAAACGUUAUUUUGGUGUGCAUACAUAA